CGAAGCUUAAUUAAUUUCGUGGCACCGGUUCUGUGUGCCAUAUUGACGUUUAUACUGGAAAAUUUUCUUCAGGAACUACUAAAAUACAAUGAAUCGUUAAUUAAUCAAAUUAAUUUGAUCAACUCACUAACAUACAUGAGAAAGGGUUGACUUGGGGAGACAAUAAAAAAUUGAAUAUAGAAUAAACCGCUGCAAUCAUGUUGAGCCUGGCAAGGUAUUGCAGCUCAACAUUAACAAGAAAUAGUGUAGUGAGAUUUUUAACAAUUAAGAACAAUUUGUAUUCGCAUACUCCAAAGUCGAUAAUUACAAACACAGGUCUCGCAUUAGUAAAAAGGAAUUCUAUUUAUUUAAAUAAGCAUUUACUUAAGAGAGGUAGCAUUAUAGCUUUAGGUUGUGCAUCGAAGCCAGCAAAGAAAACGAGUAAGGCUGUGGGGAAAUGGCUAUUAACUUGCAGUGGCAUGGUUUUCGUAGCAGUUGUUCUAGGAGGUGUAACGAGACUCACAGAGUCUGGUUUAUCCAUGGUUACUUGGAAAUUACUCGGCGAGAGAAUGCCCACUACUGAAACUCGGUGGCACGAAGAGUUUGAACGUUACAAGCAAUUUCCUGAAUAUAAAAUCAAUAAUCAGAAUAUGACAUUGGAGGAGUUUAAGCGCAUUUGGUGGAUGGAAUAUUUGCAUAGAAUGUGGGGACGUUUGAUAGGCGCCGUUUUCAUAGUUCCGGCGACUUACUUUUGGGCGAAAGGUAUGCUGAAUCCGGGUAUGAAAAUCCGGGUGGCCGUUUUGGGUUCACUGAUCGGCUUGCAAGGACUAAUGGGUUGGUACAUGGUUAAAUCUGGUUUGGAGGAUCGUUUUGUGGAGCCUUCGGACGUGCCCCGCGUCUCUCAGUAUCGCUUGGCCGCUCACUUGGGCAUGGCUUUUAUCAUAUACACAGGAUUUCUGUACAACGCAUUAGAUUAUUUAAGUCCGGCGGAGAAAUUGAAUUUAAGUAAUUUGAAUGUUGACAUUAGCCAACUGAAAUCGAGGCUGAAAAGAUUUCGAAUGGUAGUUCAUUCGACGAAAGGGCUGGUAUUUUUCACCGCGCUCUCCGGAGCUUUCGUAGCGGGGAUGGACGCGGGUCUGAUUUACAAUACUUUCCCAAAAAUGGCAAACAGAUGGAUACCGGACGAUAUACUCGCGGUGUCACCGAGAUGGAAAAAUUUCACCGAGAAUCCAACAACCGUCCAGUUCGAUCAUAGAAUCCUGGGUAUCACGACUUUAUCGUUGAUAACUUAUAUCGGAAUCGCAUCUCGCAAAUAUAAGCUACCCGGUAACGCAAAAAGAGCUGUAAUCGCUGUACUUUGUGCUGGCUAUUUGCAAGUUGUAUUAGGCAUAACAACAUUGCUGUAUCACGUGCCUUUGCCGUUAGCCGCGUCUCAUCAAUCCGGCAGUCUUAUCGUUUUGAGUUCGAUGAUCUGGUUGUGCCAUGAACUGAAGUAUUUGAGAUAUGUAUUGAAAUAAAGAUACGUCGUUACAAAAU